UUCCCCAGCGUUACUUUCAAUCUCUGCAGCUUACUUGGCUUUCGCGAGCGAAGAAAUCUCCAGGACCAGGUGUUUCUUCUCCCAGAAAUAUGAGGGAUCCUUGGAUGAUUGUUAAUUCCUUUUGAACUGAUAAGCAGAAGAUUUAUGUGUGCUGUGAGUCAUUUUCCAUUGCAGCGUUGAACUAAGAUAUAUCAUCAAUAAAAGGGCUGGGACAUAACAUCAUCGACCAACAUGGAUCAUGUAGACCAGAGGCAGCAAUUGACACACCAGAGCCAGCAACAACAGCAACCAGGGGUAGGAGUUGUAUCAGGAAGCGGGCCUAUGGCUUAUUCUACUCCCCCUUAUCAGACAGCAUCAAUGUUGGCUACUGGCACUCCAGCUGGGACAGUUUCUUCUCCAACGCAACCUCCAACUGGUUUUGCCCCGCAACAACAGCUCGCCUACCAUCAAGCCCAUCAUUUUCAUAAUCAACAGCAACAACAGCAACUUCAAGCUUUCUGGGCGAAUCAAAUGCAGGAAAUUGAUCAAACUACUGAUUUCAAGAACCACAGUCUCCCGCUCGCUCGAAUAAAAAAGAUAAUGAAGGCUGAUGAGGAUGUCAGGAUGAUUUCUGCUGAAGCUCCUGUUAUUUUCGCCAAGGCAUGUGAGAUGUUCAUCUUGGAGUUGACUCUGCGAUCUUGGAUCCAUACGGAGGAAAACAAAAGGCGGACUCUUCAGAAGAAUGAUAUAGCAGCUGCCAUUUCAAGAACUGAUGUUUUUGAUUUUUUAGUUGAUAUUAUUCCUAGGGAUGAACUGAAAGAAGAGGGGCUUGGCAUCACCAAGGCUGCAAUUCCAUUGGUUGCAUCUACAACAGAUUCUCUGCCGUAUUACUAUGUGCCCCCCCAGCCUCAGGUGGGAGCCCCUGGGAUGAUAAUGGGGAAGCCAGUUGAUCAGGCUGCUCUCUAUGCCAAUCAGCAGCCUCGACCUCCUCUUCCUUUCAUGCCGUGGCCACAAUCUCAUAUCCAGCAUCCGUCUCAGCAGCCACCACCCCAGCAGCAACCAAGUGACUCAUGAUUGAAAAGAUCAGUUGUAUUUUGGUGGACCUCUUUGAAGACAACUUCAGAAGUGUUUAUUAUUGUUUGGAAGUUGUAGUAUUCUUAGUUGUUGUGGAGUAAGAGCCCCGUGUGAAUGUAGAGAAGGUGAAUUUAAGAUAGUUUAUCAUGUAUAUUGCAUGUGCCAGGGGUAAGGCUCAA